AUGCGUAAAAUUUCAAAAGUUGAAGCCCCAUCACCAGGAGCUUUUGAAACACCAGAAUCUAAAUGUUUUGUAAAACGUAAUAGUUCUGAUUCUGAAAUUACUACUCCUGCUUUGUUAAGCAAAGCCUUGUUGAAAUGUGGACAGAGGUAUCAAUCGAAGCAAAGGCAUACUUCCCCCCCAACUGUCAAACAGGAACCAACUUAG